UAUAUAUGUAUGUAUAAAGUACACCCAUGUUAGAAAUAACCGAGUACAAGCCGGCCACAACUUUCUCACAUCAACAACACUGCAAAUUAUCUAUCGCCAUAAUCAUCUUUUGUUCUUGUUUAUUGAUUUUGAUUUGGGUUUUUCUUUCUCUUGAUUGAGCCUAUUGGGUUUAGAUUUAUUUUUAUAUAGAGAGAAGAUGAAUCAUCUGGUUUUUCGAUCCAUUUUUGAUACGAUGAGUGGGAGGAGAAUAUGAAGAAGAGUUGAUCCAUUUCUGGGCUACAUCGGAAUUGAUUUUUAGAAAGAAAAAAUAAAUAAAAAAUAAAAAUAAAGGGAUUUUGGAAGAAGGGUUUUGGAUUUAGGAGGGAGAGGAUAAAUGGGUUGUUUUUCGUGUUUUGAUUCAAGGGAAGAUGAAAAACCCAAUCUUCAUAAUGAAAGAGAUCAUCCCAAUGAAAGCCUCCCAACAGCUCCUUCCAACAUAUCUAGAUUGUCUUCUGGAGGUGACAGACUUAAAUCAAGAAGCAAUUUGGGGUCGAGGAAGGAAUCAUCGAGUCCAAAGGGUUUACCUGAUGUUAAUAUUGCUGCACAUAUAUUCUCUUUCCGUGAGCUAGCCACUGCUACAAAGAAUUUUAGGCCAGAGUCUUUCUUAGGGGAAGGAGGAUUUGGGCGCGUAUACAAAGGCCGGCUUGAAAGCACAGGCCAAGCUAUUGCUGUUAAACAAUUGGAUAGAAAUGGGCUUCAGGGUAACAGGGAAUUUCUUGUGGAGGUUCUUAUGCUCAGCCUUCUGCAUCAUACCAAUCUGGUGAAUUUGAUUGGGUACUGUGCUGACGGGGACCAGCGACUUCUUGUCUAUGAAUUCAUGCCUUUGGGAUCUUUGGAAGAUCACCUUCACGAUCUUCCACUGGAUAAAGAACCACUAGAUUGGAAUACAAGGAUGACAAUAGCAGCCGGGGCAGCCAAAGGUUUAGAAUAUCUCCACGACAAAGCAAACCCUCCAGUGAUUUAUAGGGACUUCAAGUCAUCAAACAUAUUGUUGGAUGAACAACAUCACCCUAAGCUUUCCGACUUUGGACUUGCAAAGCUUGGUCCUACAGGAGACAAGUCUCAUGUUUCCACCAGGGUUAUGGGCACUUACGGUUAUUGUGCUCCUGAGUAUGCUAUGACUGGUCAACUUACAGUAAAAUCCGAUGUUUACAGUUUCGGGGUAGUUUUCUUAGAGCUUAUCACUGGACGUAAAGCUAUUGAUAGCACUCGACCCCCAGGGGAACAGAACCUUGUGGCUUGGGCUCGUCCCUUGUUCAAUGACCGUCGAAAAUUUGCAAAAUUGGCUGACCCGCGAUUACAGGGUAAGUAUCCAAUGCGGGGUCUGUACCAAGCUCUAGCCGUGGCAUCCAUGUGCAUCCAAGAACAGGCUGCUGCACGUCCUCUCAUCGGAGACGUGGUCACGGCCCUUUCUUAUUUAGCAAACCAGGCAUACGACCAUAAGGAUGAGAGAAGAACCAAAGAAGAGAGAGGUGGGAGGAUAUUAAAGCAUGAAGAAGGAGGAGGAUCUGGAUGCAAGUGGGACUUUGAAGGAUCCGAAAGGGAUGAGUCUCCAAGAGAAACCGCGAAGAUGUUAAAUAGGGAUUUGGAUAGGGAACGAGCCGUUGCGGAGGCCAAAAUGUGGGGAGAGAAUUGGCGGGAAAAAAGACGACAAAAUGCUCAAGGUAGUUUCGAUGGCACUAACAGAUAAUGCCCAAAAAGACGACAAAAGUGCUGGUGGAACAAUGGAAGUAAGCUUUCUAUGAGCUUGGUGCAAUCUAGGUUUCAUUUUUUUACAUCCCACGGCUAGAUUGAGAGCGCGUGUCUCGUAGAAAGGGACAUGGAGCUGAAAUAUUUACUUCUUAAAUUUGAUUUUCCAUUUCUGGAACUGAAGCCAAGAAAAAGAGAGCAACUAAAGAGUGUAUAUUUACGGGGAGAAGAACAAGAGCGGAAGAUUAUGACGUUUUUAAAAAAAUUUUGAGAGAGAAAAUCGUCGGAUAUUAUGCUUCUGCUGGUUCUUGUAAGUCUGUACUACAUGAGAUGUACUGUUGUUGUCUGUAGUCUUCUUCUUCUUCAGCAACAUGUUAUUGACCAAUUGAUAUGUUGAAAUUAAAGGGGUAUUAGUUCUAUGUAUGUUUCCAUGUACCUUAUGGUUUUGUACUA